AUGAUACGAAGCCGAAGAGGAGUUGGAUUAGGUGCAUUUGAAAAUCAGGAGAAAUAUGCUGAAAAAUACGAAGAACUAAGCCAAGAUUUGAUUAAAACACAUUCAGAGGAUCUCUCUAUGCAGUUAUCUGCAUUUAAAGCAGUUUUAAGAGAAUUUUCUUCUAAAUAUCGGAAAGAUAUUCACUCCAAUCCUUCAUUUAGAUGUGCGUUUUCUCAGAUGUGCAAAGCAAUUGGAAUUGAUCCAUUGGCAUCAACAGGCUCUAAAGAACGUACAUUCUGGUCAGAUAUGCUUGAUAUUCGUGAUUUUUAUUUUGGUUUAUCUGUUCAGAUUGUAGAACUUUGUCGAUAUACACGACAAGAAAAUGGAGGGCUAAUUGAGGUUCAACAAGCAUUGCAAUAUAUCAAUGAAAUGCGUAAAGACUCAGGAGGGAAUAUUGUUUCUGAAGAAGAUAUUUUGCAAUCAGUUAAAACACUUGAUAUUCUUUCAUCUGGACUUAAAAUUAUCCAAAUUGGAAAGCAAAACAUGAUAUGUUCACUUCCAAAUGAACUUAAUCCAGAUCAAUUCACAGUUUUGAAUAUUGCACAAAUUUUAGGCCAUGUUUCUUUAAAGCUACUUCAAGAUAAUCUGAAAUGGGAUCUAUGUCGUAUUUCAAACGUUCUUGAAGAUUUGUUGUCUCAAUCUCUUCUUUGGAUUGACAAACAGGCAGAAGAACCUGAGUUUUGGUUACCAUAUACUCAUCAGAAGUUUUAA